ACAGUGAGUUGAUCAUAUCCAGACCACCAGUUGGCCACAUAAAGUACAGCCAUUCAUUCAGGUGUUGGGGUGUACAGGGAGUUGGUAAGAGCCAAAUUCCUAGAUAAUUAGUCUUCAGAUUCAGCUAAAUUGAGUGGGUGGAUGAAGAAUAUAAAACAAACAUGUGAAUGCAGCAGUGAGGAUUAUAGUGGUUUGUUUUGCUGUUGAUGCAAAGUUAGCAUAAUAACAUCACAAAGAAUCCUUUAAAAAAUUUUGUCUUUGGAUAAAAUCUUGUUUCUACACAAACAUUUCUGGAAUACAUAUGAGUGUUUGAAGAUUUGUUUUGGAAGAAAAGAGAAAACAUAAAGGAAGGAAACAACAAGUUUGACAGGCAAAAUAAACCAUAAAACCCUUGUAUCAUCAGUCCAACAAUGCAGUUGCUAAGCAUUCUUCUGCUGGUUGGUGGGGUAAGCUGCGUCCUGGCAUGCUCCUGUGUAAAGCCCCAUCUCCAGGAGACAUUUUGUCACGCUCAGUUUGUAUUCAUGGGGCGAGUCCUGUCCAGUAAGUUAGUGUACAAGAAGCAGCCGCUCCCUAAUGAUGACUCAUUCCACCGCAGGCCCAUACACAUGAAGUACACUGUCCGCGUGAAAAAGAUUUUCAAAAUGAAGGACGAUGAAAGUGUUCUGAACAAGAACAGCACAAAGGUUGUGGUCUACUCGGAACCAUAUGAUUCCCUUUGCGGUGUCCUGGACCUUCAUCAAAGGGUCAGCUACCUUUUCCCAGGGAAUUUCCAGGAUGGAGAGAUGUGGAUCAACAUCUGCAGCCCAGUUGUACCCUGGCCAUGGGUAACCAAGGCACAGAAGCGAUACAUGAGGGGAACCUACUCUGCCAACUGUGAAUGUCAGAUUGUCUUCGAUCCAUCAGACGACAUGGGUUGUGUCUGGUCCUAUGGCGACCGUCACUCGGACUGCUAUGAGCUUGAAACCGCGUGCAUAAAGGACAAGAACAGCAUAAAUGAGCGAUGCAAGUGGCAUCAAAACUCAGGAUUGCGAAACUGUCGCUCGCCAAAGCCUAUGGAGCCUUAAGGUGCCGGUCAAACAACAAUUAUCAAAAAGGGCAGCAGACAUUCCGAAGAAUAAAUAUUAAUUUAAAAUGUGAAUAAUCAUCUCUGGCAAAUCAGUUGUUAACUGUAAUUAAUAAGACUUAUGAAUAUAAGUCUGCCUGAUGAAAUCUGCAUGGUAUUCCAGUCAGAAACUCACGUGACUGUGUUAAAGUGACAGUUUCAGGUAUUUUUAUCAUAGCGGGAUCAUGGUCUGCAAUGUUCGGUUCAUUUGUUCUUUUUGUGUAAAUGUUAUUCCUAUACUUAUAAGGUUCAAAGAUUACACAAGUUAAUUUCAUUGGAAAAGAAAGAUAUUAAUAUUUGCUUAUAAUCAUUUUUACAUUUUUUUUUAACGUAUGCUUAUGCUAUUUCUAAUGUUUUUUACAGGAUUUUUGUGUGUGUGUUAAACUGUGCGGAUGCUUCUAAACUGAACUAUUGUGUUAUCAUAUCUAUUUAUAGUAACAGUUAUUAGUUUUUUAAUAAUUAAUAAAUUAUAUCGUA